CUCAAACUCAGCCGGAGCGCUUCAGGUGGGGGGAGCUACGGUCGCCCCCUGAGUACCGCCCCCUCGCCCCCCGGCCCAGACAGCAGGGCUGGGGUCUACCAGGCACCGGACUAGCUGCUGUCGCUCCAGGUCCUCCUACCCGGACUCCCUUCAAACUCAGGACGGAGGCCAGAGAACGGUGAUCAUCCCAAACCCCCUCCGCCUUCCCGGCCGGAGCUUUUUCCCAUCGCCCGGGCAGAGUUCCGGGUUGUAGUGCGGCGGGGGCAAACCCCCUCCUGCCGCCACUUCUCCAACCAGCGAGUUCCCACUGUCUUGCUCUGCAUCGCCUCUUCUCCACCCUUUUCAAGAACAAGUCCUGUCCCAGACGUUCAAAGUAUCUAUUCUGGGUGUCCUGCCCCAGCUCUUGGAGCACUCUUAGAAAUAUUGCCUAUUUACCAGGGCUGAGAAUAUCUCAUUCUUGACGUAGCUUUUCUCCCCUUUGGGAGAUAAAGGUUGCCCCCUUUCCACUCUCUUACCCGACAGACACUUCAUGACCCAGGCUUUAGCUAUUUGGAUCAUCAGCGCCUCGGCCAUCUCUAUGUGACUUCCCCCACCCGUUUGAGUUCCAGUGUCCUCUGGGCUUCAUUCUCCAGCCCCCAGCGGAUCUGGUCAGUCCCGCCCCUGGGUGGGAGUGACCAGGGGGCUCUGGCCCAGGAUUUCCCACCCUGGAAGGUAGUAGCUCCAAAGCAGCAAGAGAAUUGGGCGUCGGGUACGAACCUGGCAGCUCAGGAGUGGGUGCACCACCCACCCCACACAAGAAGAUGAAAAAGCGCAGAGAGCUUAAUGCAUUGAUCGGUUUGUCUGGGGACAGCCGGAGAAAGAAGCCCAAGAAAGGCUCAAGCAGCCACCGUCUGCUACGCACUGAGCCUCCUGACUCAGACUCUGAUUCCAGCUCAGAGGAGGAAGAGGAAUUCGGUGUUGUUGGAAAUCGCUCUCGCUUUGUCAAGGGAGACUACUUACGAUGCUGCAAGAUCUGUUAUCCUCUCUGUGCUUUUGUCAUCCUCGCGGCCUGUGUUGUGGCCUGUGUUGGCUUGGUGUGGAUGCAAGUUGCUCUGAAGGAGGAUCUGGAUAUUCUCAAGGAAAGAUUUAGAACAAUGGAAUCUAAUCAGAAAAGCUCAUUCCAGGAAAUACCCAAACUUAAUGAAGAACUACUCAGUGAACAGAAACAACUUGAGAAGAUUGAGUCUGGAGAGCUGGGCUUGAAUGAUGUCUGGCUCAACAUCACAGAAAUGAAUAAGCAGAUUUCUCUGUUGACUUCUGCAGUAAACCACCUUAAAGCCAAUGUUAAGUCAGCUGCAGAUUUAAUUAGCCUGCCUACCACUGUAGAAGGACUUCAGAAAAGUGUAGCUUCCAUUGGCAAUACUUUAAACAGUGUCCAUCUAGCUAUGGAGGCAAUACAAAAAACUGUGGAUGAACACAAGAAAACCGUGGAAUUGCUGCAAAGUGAUAUGAAUCGGCACUUCUCAAAUUGGACCAAUGGAAGCAACAAAAUCAUUCCAGCACCCUCAGCUACAUCAGAACUUGAUAAUAAAACCCACAGUGAGAAUUUGAAACAGGAUAUCCUGUAUCUUCAUAACUCUUUAGAGGCGGUAAACAGUACCCUAGUAGCAUACCAGAGACAGAAUGAUCUUAAACUCGAGGGGAUGAAUGAGACACUCAGUAAUCUCAUUCAGAGAACCAACCUGAUAGAAAGCAAUGUGGUUUUUGCUCUGAGUGAAGUAGAAAACACAACAAACCUGACCUCCAGCAUGGUGAGUGAUAGAGCUGCCAUUCUGAAAAGAGAGUCUUUGGAUCAAGGGGCCAACAGAACUGAUAUCAUAAAAACCCAAAACAUAAAGAAGGAAGAGAGUCCAAAUUCUCAGGUAUCCAAGCUGCGAGAGAAACUGCAGCUGAUCAGUGCUCUCACAAACAAACCUGAGAGCAACAGGCCUCCAGAGAUUGCAGAUGAAGAACAAGUACAGAGUUUCACAUCAAAGCCAUCCACAUUGCCAAAAUUCUCACAAUUUCUUGGAGACCAAAUUGAGAAAACUGCCCAACUAAGGCCUGUCUCCUUACCAGGAAUUUCUAGCAUUGAAGAUCUUCAGGAUUUAUUCCACAAGACUGGCCAGGAUGUGGAUGGGAAGCUGACCUACCAGGAAAUCUGGAACUCUCUAGGUUCUACCUUGCCAGAUCCAGAGAGCUUGAGAGCAUUUGAUUCCAAUGGAGAUGGAAGAUACUCAUUCCUGGAGCUAAGAGUAGCUUUAGGUGUCUAGCCACAACAGGCGUUAUUUUAGGAAUGGAUGUAUACCCUGGACUACCUAAAAUCUACUUACAUAACGAAAACAACCCUUUUAUGCAUCAGCCCUCUAGUCCUCCAAACUAUUGUAGCAAACAUAUUGCCACCUUCUAACUUGUUUGAAAAGCUAUACAAAAGUUAUUUUUUUAAAAAAGAAAACCAUUUUACUUAUAAUCUGAUGUUCAUAAAUCUAUAAUUUCCUGAAACCAGUAAUAUCUUACAUUUUAAAAUUGCCAGGAAAAGAAAUAAUAAAGCCCUCUUUUUUUUUCCUUCCUUUUUUUUGAAGGGAGGAGACCUUAUCUUUUAAAACUGGAAAAUGUAUAUACAGAGAGAAUAAGCCACCUUUUAUAUUUCAUAUAAAUUUGCCUUAAAUAGCUGCACUUUAUAGAGACUCAGAAGAUGUCUUGUCUUCAAAAGAUAGGCCUUUUCUGUUUGUAAAUAUUUAAAAUGAAAGAAAAAUUGUGCAUAUUGUGUGGAAAGUAGAAAGAAUGAUUUUAAGCAAGAUGUGAACAAAUUACUUAUUUAAAAAAAUCACUUAUUUGGGUAACAACUGAAACUAUAUUCACAUAUACUUAACUCAUCCCUCCUCCAAGGACAAGGUGCUGCCAUGGGGUUUAGCCUGCAGAUAGGGGCAUUGAUUCAGGGACUAGAUGCUGUGGGACCAGUGCUGGCUCCAUACUUUAAAAAGUUGGCUUCUGAGGGUUUAUUCCUAUUCCCUCAAUGAAUCCCAACAUGUGAACCAGAGAAGUCUUCUUGAGGAUUUUUCUCAUUUUCUCAUUUUUAAUCCUCUUUUAGGGUUUAGGAACACAAAAAGUUAUCCAGUGGGGAGCUACAUUUUCCCUCAAGUGAAUUAGAUUAUCUUUCCCUAUCCACCUACACAAGUCUAUCUUAAGGCUGUAGCUGGUUCCUACCUUCAGUAACGUCUCCAUUCUGAAUGGCAAAACCCAAGUCCCUAGUCACUGUCUCAGACUAGCCACCCAGGGUAUUAGAGGAAAAGGGUACAUUUGCUUUUAAAACAAGAAACUACCCCUUUGAGAUUUUACCUGGGAGCCAACCAAGAACCUGAUGGAUUUCUUGGUGAGAUGACUAAGGCCAAAAAUAGUUGUGAAAUGAAAUGUGUGAAAUCAUAUUGUUUUCUUACAGAUAUCAGCUCAGAAGUAGAUACAGGCUUUCUGUCCAGAGGAUGCCAAACUAUAGCUGGCACUACAACAGAAGCCUUCAUAUGAUGGUAGCAAGUGCAAUACUUCUCCCUUAUGGACCUGGUACAGCAGGUCCCGGAACUGGAAGGAAUGGUCUAAGUCACUUGUAUGUUGAGUUACACUUGCUGUGUUGUUCCCAAAGGCAAUCUUUGGGUAGCACAAAAGGAAAACUUACAAAACUUAACUUUUCUGUAGUCAAGUGAGGGAGAAACUAGAGAAGCUCUCAUGGCACCAACUUCUCUGGUAGAGUUCAUUUUUCAUUUAACUUGUCCAAGACCUAUAAGCCAGUAUAGUCCAGUACCCUGAAACAUGUAAAGACUGGUUUUUUCUUUACAUUGCAUUCAGCUUGGUGUUAGCUAACCUUAAAUUUUUUUGUAGAAGUAUUAAAAUUCAGUUAAAGCAGGACAACGUCUCUUCUAAUGAAUGUGUCUGCUUGUCAUUAUUGCUUAUGUUUCUCCCUUUUAAAAUGUUUUUCUUUAACAUUUCCCUUACCCAUCUAUGUUAUUUCACUUUCAUGGAAAAGUUAAAAUUAGCCUGGCACUUUAGGAAACUUGAUAAUUUUUUGCUCUUCUGGCUGCUUUCCGUGCCCUCCUCCUUUUUAAUAUAUACACCCUUACAGAUUUUGUAACAACCAAAUAAAGUUCUAGCAAUAAAUUGAA